GUCACCAGGAAGCUUCCCUCGUGUUAGACAACAGCACAUUUUUACAAACAAUUACCUUAAAAACACAUCUGUUCUUUAUUUAGGAGGAGUCCGCUGGAUGAAUAGGUCUCCAUGGCUUCCUACACCUGCAUCAGCUGCCGGGUGGCUUUCGCAGACGGCGAGGUCCAGCGAGCGCACUACAAAACCGACUGGCACCGCUACAACCUGAAGCGCAAGGUGGCCGACAUGCCACCAGUCACCGCUGAAAACUUCCAGGAGCGUGUCAUGGCGCAGCGGGCUGCCGCCGAACAGCAGCUAAGCGACGCGGCAAUGGGUGAAGGCUGCGCCGUCUGCAACAAGAAGUUCUCCAGCGCCAACGCCUAUCAGAACCACCUGCAGUCCCACAAACACCAGCAGGCGGAGAAGGCAGCCGUGCUCGCCGCCCAGAGGAAAGUGGACAAGAUGAACGAGAAGAAUUUGGAGAAGGGGCUCGGUGACGAAAAGCCGGACCACGACGCCAGGAACGAGGCGCUGCAGCAGGCCCUGAAGGAGCAGCAGAGGCCAAGCCCGGCCAAACACGAGAAGGCUCAGACGUCGCAGGGAGAGAAGAAGCCCGGGGCGGAGAAGCCGGAGAAACCUCCCAGGUUGAUGUGGCUGGAGGAACAAGCCAAGAGGAGAGAGAAAGAAGAAGGAGCCACAGCAGAGGAAGAAGAUUGGGAGGAUGUUGAGGAGGAAGAGGAGGAGGAUGAGGACGAUGACGAGAUGGAGGACGAUGAAGACGCAGAGGAGACGAUGGAUCAGGAGGAAGGAGGAGACCCGGCGGCUCUGUCGGACGCUCACCCAGCCGCUCUGCCGGGAUCCAUCGCCGUCACAGACUGCCUCUUCUGCUCUCAUCAUUCCAAGUCGCUGAUGAAGAACGUCGCCCACAUGACCAAAGUCCACAGCUUCUUCAUCCCCGACGUGGAGUUCAUCGUCGACCUCAGAGGCCUCGUCCGAUACCUGGGAGAGAAAGUCGGUGCUGGGAACGUUUGUUUGUGGUGUAACGAGAAGGGCCGCUCGUUUUACUCAGCAGAAGCCGUACAGAGUCACAUGACCGACAAAAGCCACUGUAAGCUCUUCACAGACGGCGACGCUGCGCUGGAGUUCGCCGACUUCUACGACUUCAGGAGCAGCUACCCAGAGAAGAAGGAGGGAGACGAUGCUGAGAUGGACGACGAUGAAGAGCUGCCUGACGAUAAGAGUCUGGAGUACGACGACGAAACGCUGGAGCUGACUCUGCCUUCAGGGGCAAAGAUCGGCCAUCGCUCCCUCAUGAGAUACUACAAGCAGCGGUUCGGCCACCAGAGGGCGCUCACUCUGUCCCACAACCAGAACGCUGUGGGCCGAGUGCUGAGGCAGUACAAAGCCCUCGGCUGGGGGGGAGACGCAGGCCACGGCUCGUUCUACCAGAAGCAGAAAGACAUGCAGUACGUACAGAUGAUGAAGUCUAAGUGGAUGCUGAAGAUGGGCGUGAGUCACAACGCCACCAAGCAGAAACACUUCAGAGCCCAAGUUAUGUUCUAAACCCGCAGCUGCUGGACCGCCACCUUCAUCACCUUCAUCACCACCAUCAUCAUCAUCAUCAUUAAGCAUCAGACCAGACUUCAAACAUGGCAGCAGCAGAGUGUAACGAGGAGGAAGUGCAGCCAGCGUUGUUACUU